AUGGCUUCUGUAUACAAGUCAUUAUCGAAGACCGAUGGUCAUAAGGAAGAGGACUCUACGAAUGGAGUAAAGAAAAACAAGCAGAGAGUUUUGAUAUUGUCUUCGAGAGGAAUUACUUAUAGACAUCGACAUCUAUUGAAUGAUAUUGCUUCUCUCCUACCACACAGUCGGAAAGAUGCAAAGCUCGACACGAAAUCUAAGCUCUACCAAUUAAACGAGCUCGCAGAGCUCUACAAUUGCAAUAAUGUGUUAUUCUUCGAGGCAAGGAAGGGGAAGGAUUUAUAUUUAUGGAUGAGCAAGGCGCCCAACGGACCUACUGUUAAGAUGCACAUGCAAAACCUACACACAAUGGAAGAGCUCCACUUCACAGGAAACUGUCUGAAAGGCUCGCGCCCCAUCCUCUCCUUCGAUGCCUCCUUCGAUUCUGCGCCCCACCUCCGCGUCCUCAAAGAACUCUUCCUCCACAUCUUCGGCGUGCCCAAAGGCGCCCGGAAAGCCAAGCCCUUCAUCGACCACGUAAUGGGCUUCACGCUCGCCGACGGCAAGAUCUGGAUCCGGAACUACCAGAUCUCCGAAACCGAAGCGUCGGCCGUGUCGACAUCAGAGACGCCCGGCGACGAGAAGCCCACGGUGAAAGCGCGGGAGAAGGGCAAGGAGACGGAGAUCUCGCUGGUGGAGAUCGGGCCGCGGUUCGUGCUGACGCCGAUCGUGAUCCAGGAGGGCAGUUUCGGUGGGCCCAUCAUCUACGAGAAUAAGGAAUUCGUGAGCCCGAACCAGAUCCGGUCCGAGAUCAGACAGAAGAAGGCGGGACGGUAUAAUGCGCGGGCGGAGCAGAGCGUCGAGAGGCUGGCUAAGAAGGGGGAACUCGGGUUACGAACCAGUGGCGGGCGAACAAAACCGCGCGAUGCGCUGGAUACCGCGGAGCUCUUUGCUUGA